GAUGAAAAGCAAGGCAUCCUUCUUCCAUCUUGCUGACUGUCACCCGUCGUCAUCUCUCCCGAACAUUCGUCACCCAUCGAGCGCCUAAGUGAACCUUCAAGAACAACCCCCCACCACCCACCAAAUAUCUCGCCAUCACCAUCUAUAUAAACACGUCCCGCUGCGGUCGCUUAGCUAAGCAAAGCUCAUCUGAAGCCACAUUCGAAAGAGAUCACACACUCGCUCGACUGAACUGAAGCCUGAGCACAAGCGUAGAAAUGGCAAGCCGCACGCCCACGUUGCUUCUCGUGUUGUCUCUGCUCUUCGCCGUUGUGUCGAGCUCGAAUGGCUCGCUCUUGCCCUUCAUGGAGGCGUCCACCGGGCCAGGACUCAUAGGCAGCUUGCUAAGCGACCCCUUCUGGACUGACCCGUUCCGGGUCCUGGAGCAGGUCCCGUUCGGGGCCGACCGCCUCCUGAGGGAGGCUGCGGAGGCUCCGGCGCCAGCCAGGGUGGACUGGAAGGAGACGCCGGAGGGGCAUGUUAUAAGGAUGGAUGUGCCCGGGUUGAAGAGGGAGGAGAUCAAGAUCGAGGUGGAGGAGAACCGGGUGCUCCGAGUGAGCGGCGAGAGGAAGAGAGAGGAAGAAGAAAGGGAAGGCGAUCACUGGCACCGGGUGGAGAGGUCGUACGGCAGGUUCUGGAGGCAGUUCAGGCUGCCGGAGAACGUUGACUUGGACUCGGUGAGGGCCAAGCUCGAGGAUGGCGUGUUGACGGUGACGAUGGCCAAGCUGGCCCCCGAGAAGAUCAAGGGUCCGAGGGUGGUCGGCAUUGAAGGAGAAGCUGCAGCAGAGCCAGAGAAGAUCAAGAGCGACCCCAAGCAAGAACUGUGAGAGAAUGAACAAGUUUUUGUUGUGAACCGGGACGUGUGAAUGGUGAACGUGCAUAUGAUGUACACGAACGCCAUGGAAAUGGUGUAGUAAUAAAGAGUUUUAUGUUUGUACUUUCUUCUCCCUAUCAAAAGUUUUCUUAAGCAUAUGAAUUGUGGAGCUUGCUAAAUUAUCUGAUUUUAGUUUAACUGAAUGUUUUCUA